AUGCAGUACAAACGCUUUGAGGGUGAAUACGAGACCGCAGAACAAUUCGCUCAGGAUUGGAACCCAGCAAAAUUCCCCAAAGCUAAAGAAUGGACAAACGACGAUUUCCGCUCAGCGAUACAGCACUGGACAUUUGAUCGCAACAAGAAGAACACAUCUGAAGCUAUCAACGAAGCAGAAGCGGCACUGUAUGAUCCGGGCAGCGGAUCGUGGGCCGGUACGCAAGAGUGGGUCCGAGAACAACACGUUUGCGAGACAGUAUAUGUAUGCCUCUUGAAAGUGUUGAGACGAUAUGGGUACUGGAGACAUUCCAUCACCCUUCGGUCCAAGUCUUGGGACGGCCAAAUGAUGACGAUAUAUCGCAUGCAGGGAGCGGAGGAGCUUCCCCUAUGGCUUCAGUGUCAUGGAUUCGAGAUUGAAGAUGAUGAGAUUGUGGCUGAUGAGGAUGGGGAGGACGUAAAUAAGCUAGACGCUAUGGUAGGGGAAUGGCUUUCAACCUUGGAAGGAGAGGAAGUAGAUAUCUUGGAGAGAUGA